AGCUUAGUUUAUUUUGGAGUAAGUACUAUGUAUCAGCUUAGCACAUUGUGCUGGUGUGAUUUUGGCCCAUUUUUUAAACAUUUGCACCAAGUACAGAUUGGUUAGACAGCACUUGAGAUUGAGAUCCGAAAUUUGACGGGGCCAUUGUAGGACUCCAAUGUUGCUUCGGCUUUGUCCCUGCGAACAAUGUCCAGUGAAAAGGUGAAUUUCCUCCCAAGUUUCAGUUUUUAGUGGACUGAAAAAGGUUCUCUUGAUACCCAGUCCCUGCUGAAGAGAAACAUCCCCACAGCAUGAUGCUUCCACCACCAUGCAUCACUGUGUGGAUGGUGUGUACUUAGGCAUUGGGAGUAUUAGGUUUGUGCCACACUUAGUGCUUUCCACAGGUCAGCUAGGCCACUCAUGCCUUCAGAUGGUACAUUUGGCUCAUGAUGAUGCUCACUACAAAAUACCUGACAAGUCCAUAAGUGCAUGUUCUCGUCUAAGUCUCAACCAUUUUGUACACAGUCCUGUCACCAGACUUGUAAAACACUUAGGCAGGUUGCCCUGGGGUGUGCAGGUGCGGUUGUUCUCUCAGGAGCUCCAGUGAUAUGUCCUGACAAUUCUGCACUGUGAAAACAAAGCAUUUGUUGUUUCUACUUGCAUGUAGGUUUCUUAACACCAUUCCAUCUGGGUGAUGUCAGCUCACAAAAGGGCUGGAGGCCUGAAAGCCCGGUUCUGGUGACGCUCCUGUUGGUACCUAUAGUAUAUUUCACUCUGUAACAGUGCAGUGUUCUUGUUUAACCACAAGGGCAUUUCGAGGCUAUAAUGCAGAAGUGUUAAAUUAUGAUCUAUUUUUGUUUAGGUUUGCUUAGUUUUCCGUUUUACUUACUGAUCCCCUGUAUAUACGCCUGAAUGAUCAGAGAUGCAGUAAAAAUUGUAGUUGGCGAUAAGCCUUUUAAGUCCCUUUCUUAUUUUUUCAGGAAUCAGAAUGAAGUCAAUUUAAAAUAUGAAUUCAGCACAUCAUCCUCAGCAUCCAUAGCCUAGUGGAAUCUUCAGAUUAAAGUGAUCUUAUUCUCAACUGAUCCAGCCGAGCGGAACGUUGCCGAGAACCACCGAAGUGUUUCGGAAACGUAGGUCGAUUUACUUCCUGGACCAAUGGAGGCGACCAGCCUCCUCGCUGUUCUGGGCCAAGAGCCCAGCCUCCUCCUCUUGCUGGUCCUGUGAGAAAGAAAACACUAACCGAUGGACACGGACACAGCUGGACCGAUAGCUACAAGGAUACAUGAUUUGAACGUUUGCUGCGAUACUGAAUACUUGUUUCACAGUGUAAUUGCUAGCCUGAGAGCUAGCUGUUCCGAAACGCGAUAGCAACGCUGCACUGUAUUGGCAACUCGCCUGUUUCUACCCAUCUAUUGUUGCGCGUGUCUGCCAACGUUUUGAUUACUGUGAGUAGGAAGGAAGAAACGCGCACGCACCCUAUUCGCUCUUAUAGGACUAUAGUGACUAACAAAACGUUCAGGACAAGAAGAGGUAGAGAGAGAUUUCGGAUUGUUGUCUUUGGAAAGUUGAUUCUACUUCCGAGUAUAAAGGUUGUUCAGCCCGAUGGCGUCAGUUUCGAGGGUAUCCAUCCUAGACUACUUCAACAUCGUGUUCGAGGGGGAGAACGGAAAGAUCGAGUCCAAUUGUAAAGCAUGCGGCACCAGAAUACAGGCGAAGAGAAGCGUCACAUCUAACUUCGUUACACAUCUCAAGAGGAAGCACCAAGCCAUGUAUGAUGAAUUUGUGAAAAAGAAGGAUAUGAAAAGAGAAGCCUACUCCUCUUCCUCCUCCACCCUCCAUCCCUACUCAUCCUCCUCUCUUCACAGCCUGGCCAAUGGAGGCCACCGCUGCAACCACUCAACCACAUCUGGAGGACGAGGAGGGGGUGUGGGUGGAGGAGGGAGAGAGGGAACAGGAGGAGGGGUGACUAAGUUCCACAGACAUGACCCUCGGCAGGUUCUGAUCUCUGAGGCCAUUGCUAAGAUGUUGGUCCAGGACCUUCAGCCGGCCUCCAUGGUGGCACUUCGCGGGUUCACAGAGUUACUGCAGCUGUUGGAGCCACGUUACACGCCUGAGCCUCCACGAUACCUCCACACCCAGCUCCUCCCUGCCUAUGCCUAUCAGGCUCAGCUAGCCACGAGACAGGCCCUGACCUCGGCCCCUGCGCUCAGCCUGUCAAUCUCCCUCUGCAGGGGUUUUCCUGGGGCCCCGACAGGGUCUAACGCUGGGUACCUAGGUGUGACUUGCCACUUCCUGUCCUCUGAUUGGCAGAUGCGUUCUGCCCUGCUGGCGUGCCUGCCUCUGGUUGGGGGGCUGUCAGCCAGUCGCGUGCUGGCAGAGUUUGAGGAGGUGUGUGUUGCUCACGCCGUGUCCGGGCGGGCGUUCCGUGUGGUGGCCGACCCGUUUCCCACCGAAACCCACCCCGCAUGCCGAUUGCCGGGCUUCCGUAUCCAUGGAAACCCGGGGGAGGAUGCUGAAGAGGAUGAUGAGGAGGAGAGUGGAACAGAAGAAGGAGAAGGAGGAGGAGUGGUGGAACGGGGGGAUUGGUGGGAAGGAGGUCUGGGCUCCAGGAGGAUGGACUGUUUCUGUCGAUCACUGGCUCAGUGUGUCAGAGAUGGACUGCUCUCCUCCUCUCCUCUCCUCUCCUCCACCCUGGCUAAAGCCUCCUCCUUCUAUAACUACGUCACCUCUGCUGUUCCUCACGACAAACUGGUGGGGGUGUUGGGGCGGGCAGAGGGGGGUCUGAGGGCUGCUGGGGAGACGGACUGGGCCGCUCAACUGAAGGUGCUGCGUGGUUUGCUGGAUUCAGCAGAGUUCCUGGAGGACCUGAGUGACCGGGCUGACCUGGCUCUGACUGGCCAGGAAGUGGCGCUGCUCAGAGAACUGGCAGACACAUUGGAACCUUUCACAGAGGCCUGGGACAUGGUACACACACACAAACAGGGGGACUGCCAUGUGUCUAUCAGCCUGGCCCUACCAUGUGUCCUGGGUCUCAGGAAGCACCUGUCAGAGUGUGUGUGUCCCCAGCUCCCCUGCCUGCUGCUGGGCUUGUCCCAGGCUGUUGAACGUCGCCUGGCUCCGAUUCUGGAGGACCCUCUUUACGUCACCGCCACCACUCUGGAUCCGCAGUUCAAACUCACCUGGAGCUCAGACCCCGACUGGCACAGACAGGUCCUCCUGGAUGAGGUCACCAAACAUACGCAAACAUAUGGCCCCAGCACGGAGCUCGCCCCCCAGGCCCAGUCCCCUGACACAGCUUUGGCCCCAUCCCCGGUCCCCUCCUCCACCUCACUCAGCAGGCCCUGCAAGCUGUUCUCCUUCAUCAAGCAGAGGCCAACGACGCAGGUGAAGAGUGUUGAGCAAGAGCUGUCAGGGUACCUGCGUGAGGAGCCCACUGAUGAGGAGCCACUUCACUACUGGAGACGGAAGGCCAUCGACUUCCCCCAGCUCUGCCAGGUGGCCAAGCGUGCCUUCACGGUGCCCGCUGGGACCUCUGCCGUGGAGACCAUCUUCACCUCCUCUGGGCGUUGGCUCCGACCCGACAGGGGCAGGGCUCUCCCCAAAAACCUGGAGACACUUAUCUAUCUGAAGGCCAACUACAGACUGCUGUGGUCGUAGUGUUGUUAGACUAGCUAAGGGCUCACACUAUUUCCCCCGGGUCUACAGGUUCCACCCACCAGGGAACCUCUGGCAUCAUGGCUCCGAGGGACAGUACACGCAUGGCGUAGUUAAACCGGGCUUGGACAUGCAGUCAGCAAGCUGAGAUUCACUGACGGAUCCUGUAGAUCAACUGAGACACUAAUAACACUGAUAAUAUGUGUAGUGUAAAGGCCACUGCAGAUCACAAAAUGCUGAGAACUUUGGACUUCAUGUCCUUUAGUGUUUUUUGAUGCAUAGUUCCACUCUAUAUGGCUGUACAUUAUCCACUAUCAAUGUGUUCCUAUGUUGUGAUCAAUACUAACACAGCAUUUUACAGAUUACUUUUAUAUGGUUAAAGACUGGAAGGCAGAUAUGUCCCUCUCCCGGUAUAUCUCCCUCCCUCUCUCCCCCUCCCUUUCCCAGUUUACCCCCCCCCCUUCCCUCCCA